GUCUUAGAUUUUAAGCAAGAGGUUAAUAGUCUUUGUGAAAGAUAUUGGCCAACUUCGUCCUCUAUCACUAAGGAAUCUGUUAGGGAAUGUUUUACCACCAAGAGGUGGGGUGAUUCUGAUGAGGAUGCUGUGAAGUUGGCAGUUUUGUAUUUCAUGGAGUGGUUCUUGCUUAGUGGCACUAAGCAUAAAAAUGUACCCAAGUCUAUUUUAGAUGUUGUAGAUAGUGGGAGGUACAAUGAAUUUGCUUGGGGCCGGAGUUCUUUUGAAUUGACUAUUUCCUCAUUGAAGGGUAAGCUUGAUAGUUGGGUUGAGGGGGUUAGGAAGGCAAGGAGUUCGGGAAAGAGGCCGAGUGUUUUUUACACUUUGAUUGGUUGUCCUCAUGUUCUUCAAGUUUGGUUCUACGAGUGUUGUAAGUACAUGAAAGGUAAGUACUGCCAAAAGGAAAGCUCUCGUAUUCCAAGGAUCACUCAGUGGACAUGCAAUAGUCAACCUACUUUCAAAGUUUUGAAGACUACUAUCUUUGAUGUUUCCAAAGAUAAGGUAUAUCUGUUUGUUGUAAUUUGGUUUUUCAGUAGUUGUUUUUGUGUUGUUUUUCAUUAUUAUUAAUCUUCAUAAUUGAAAUUUUAAUUUUGGUGUUUUUUGAUCAGCUGCAACUUUCAAAUAUGAGGCCCACGGCUGGUGAGUUCAAAGCUUUGAAACUGAGCAGUUUCAAGUUCGACACCGACUACAACUCUUACAAGAGUCUUCCUGUUCCCGAAGAGCCAACUGUUGCUCAGAGUGACAUUUCUGUCAAGCUUGAUGCCUUUUCUGAGAAAUUUCAUGGGUUGGAGGUCAAGAUCGAUUCGUUGCAUACUUCCCAACAGAAGAUUCAUCUGAUUUGGUUGAGUUGAAAGAGUUUGUGUCUGCACAGUUUGUUUCUUUUGGUGCUCAGAUGGCUUCAAUGCAGACACAGUUUUCUACUGUUUUUGCCGAUUCCUAUGCCAAGGUAUUUUAGUUUUUCAAUAGUUGUUUUUCGGUUUUUUUUAAGUUGUUUUAUACUAAUUUAAUUUGUAAUUUCAAUAUAGGAAAAAGGCAGUGACUCUUCCAAUGAUGAUGAUGGAGGUGGUGAUGAAGCAGAUUUUGAUUUAAAUGAAUCUGAAGAAACUGAUGAAAAUGAAGAAGAGAAUGUUAUGGGUGAUGAGGAAGGGGAGGGUAGUGAAGGUGAAGAGAAGGAUGGUCAAGCCGAUGAAGAUUCUGACUCAAAAGAAAAAAAUGAUAAUGGCAGUGAUGAUGAUGCCACUGAUAGUGAGGAGAAGGUAGAUAAGUAGACAAUGUAACUAGGUUUUAGUUACUUUGUGUGGUUUAUUUUGUUGUAAGUCCGUUUUAGGUAGUGCUCUUGUAAUUCUAUGUUAUUGUUAUGUCUCUUGUUAUGUUUUAUUUUUCAGAAAUUUGCAACUAUUUUCAGACUAUUUAUUUGUAUUUAUUAUGUUAUUUAUAUGGCUGUGUUUGUAGAUUAUGUUGUUCGCAAUUUAUUGUUGGUCUUCUUAUUUUACUUGUUGUUUUUAUUUUGUUAUGUAGUUUUUUUUUAGUUGUUGAAGUCUUUCACAAAAAAUAACUUCACUUUUUUCCAUUUUCUUUUUCCUUUAUUUUCUGUAUCAAGAAUUUCGUUGAUUUCAAUGACGGCCCUACUCAAAUAGAUGUUGAGGCUCCUGUUCAGUCCGGGGUAAAAGCAGUUGAGCUUAUGGUAAUGUUGCUUUUGUGUUGUUUUUUGGUUGUGUAAAGGUUGUUAUUUUUUAACCAUGAUCUAAUUCCUUUUUAAUACCAUAUAUAAACAGAUGUCUUCAGAUGGAAUUGGUGGUGAUCCUUGUAAACAGAUUUCAGUUUCUGAAAAUGUUGAGGUUACGGAUCGUCGUCUUGUUUGUUUUGAGAUGGGUGCAACAGGUCUCAAUGUUGAUUCUAACAUUGAACUUGAAGAUGACCCAAUUCCCGUUGAAGAAACUCCUCUUGUUGACAAGAGGAAAUCUAAGAAACCCAUAGCGCUGACGUCUCCGUUUAUGGAGUAUGACUCUUCCAUUUCUAGUUCUAAAGAUGGUUCUGGUUAUGGAGUUGUUAAGUAUGUGGCUGGGUUGUGUCCUCUCGAUGAUAAGAUUGGUGAAGAUGUAGAACAUAAAGACGAGAUUGAUUUUGACUUGUGGCUUGGUGAAGGACGCCGAUCGAAGAAAGAUCCGCAUGAUAAGGAGAAGGUUUACUUGAAGGGUAAGGAUAAGAUUGUUCCCCCUUUUCGUUUUGGCGUGGAAGAUGUUGCAACCAAGAUGUGGUUCCACAAGCUUGCAUAUCCUGGCCAAUGUUUGACUAAUUCUCAUCUGGACAUCAUUUUUUACUAUCUACGUAAAAAAGGAAAGUAUGCAAAGGAGCCAAAGGUUAAGUUCACAACCACCGAUUGCUUAUUCUUCAAAACCAUUCAUGCUUUGUAUGAAAAAUUUAUUGCACAGAAAAAAAAUCUUUCUUUGAUAACUGCCCAGCAUGCCAUUGCUGAUUAUAUAAGAGGUAGAAAAAUGUUAUGUGGUUCCCCUUGGCAUUUGUGCGAUCAUGUUUUCUUUAUCAUCCAUAUGGAGACUGAAUCACAUUGGAUUCUUGGUCGAUUGAAUAUUGAGGAAAGGCGUGUGUACAUGUACAACUCCUUGUCGACUGCUAUGAAAGAUAGUGCUGCUAUCAAAGCUUGUCAGCCAUUUGCGGUGUUGUUGCCCCACUUUUUUGCUUUGUUUGAUGAGUUCAAAAAGGAAAACAAACCGGUUUGUUUAGACCCUUUCAAAGUUGUUAAGGUUGAUGGUUUGCCUCAACAAACCUCGAAUGACUGUGGUUGUUUCGUUGCAUCGUUCGCCGAAUACUUUAUUGAUAUGAAACCGAUUCCUCCCAUAUUUGAUGUUGAGAAACACCGUGAUAGGCUUGCUGUGUUGUUCUAUAAGUAUGCUCGCAUGAAAGAAGUGGAAUUUAUUGAUAGUGAAGAUGAGGCUCCUCCAAAGGGUCCAAAGAAGAAUUUGUCUUAGUUAUCUAUUGGUUGUUGUUGGAAAUACUACUUUUUUUUAUGUAGCUUUUGUUUUUUCUAUUACCAGAUUAUGUUCAUAAUCAUAGACAAGUUGUUGUUUCUAUCAUGUUUUUUUCUUAA